CCUCCCGCCGGCCCGCCUCCGCCCUGGGCCACGCCCCCCACAGCGACUCGUGGAGCCCCCGCCUCCUGCCCAACCACCGCUCCAUCAGCACGGUGUCGCUGGCGGACUCGCAGAUCCUCUCGCGGUUCAUGGACGGGCUGGAGAACACGGAGGUGCCGGCGCGCGACCUGCGGAUCCUGGAGAUGCUGGCCAGGAAGCACGAGAAGCUGUUCGCGGAGGAGCAGCGCUCGCACCUCGCGCACCGCGCCUGGCACCAGCAGAAGGAGCGCGAGCGGAAGGAGGCCGCAGCGCAGUGGGCGGAGUGGCGCGCCCACGUGAACGAGAAGCGGCGCCAGGAGAACGACGAGAACGAGCGGCGCUGGAGGAGGAACCAGGAGGUCUACCGCCAGAGUCAGGAGAAGCUCGCCCGCCUCAUCUACGGGAAGGAGCGCCGCGCCCUCGAGGUCCUCGGGGAGCAGCAGGACGCCAGGAUGCGCCGCCUGGGGGAGCGACGGGCGGCGGAGGCCAGUCGGAAGGCGGCGCAGGAGGAGGCGCUGCGGGCGAAGGAGGAGGCGGAGGAGCGCAAGCGGCAGCACCUGAUCCAGCUGUGGAGCGGCGCAGCAGAGCUGGUGGAGCAGCGGCGGCGGGAGCGCGAGGAGUUCUUCCGGAAGCGCGUGGAGGACGGCAACAGCGCGGAGGCUGAGCGCAACGAGGCGAGGCGCGUGCAGGUGGAGGCCCGGGCGGAGGCGCUGCUGGAGGCGAUGAGGCACAACAUGGAGGAGCGACUCUCGAGGGCGGAGCACAACCUCCGGAUGCUCAACGAGGUCAAGGAGGACACGCUCCGGAGGCAGAGAGACGAGCGCGGCGGCGCCGCAUGGCCGUGCGCGCCCUCCACCACCAGCUGGAGGCGUCGAUGCUGCAGUGGCGCCAGCACGUCCUGCGGCGCCUGAUGGAGUCGCUGGCGAAGGCGGAGACGCGACAGGAGGAGUACCUGCAGACGCGCGCCAACAGGAUCCACCAUGACAGGACGGCGAGGAUGAACCACCAGCACGAGAUGAUGCAGAUGGUGAUGGCGCGCGAGGAGGCCGAGCUGCAGAUGGCUAAGCGGUCCCUGGAGGCGAAGGACCUGCGAUCGCUGGAGGUGGCGCGCGAGAGGGACCGGCAGGUGGCGCUGGCGAGGAGCACGGCGCUCACCACCGCCUCGCUCAGGGAGAACCUCAGG